UUUAUGAAUAUUGCGCUGGUAAACGUCCAAUAGAGGUCUUGGAGAUCGCGAUUCAAGUGGAGUUGAUGGGAAUCUAGCUGUACCCGGGGUUACUGACAACCAGUUAGUGCACAACCAUAUAAAAUAUCAAAAUCGAGUAAUUCAAACCGUGCGWAAAAACAGCCUCUUUGGAGCAAAACGGCUUGACUGCUCUAGGCGUACUAUUUCAACAGGAAAUAAUCAAAUGGCUUUUGCUAUAAGAUUACUUUAAGUAUAGGACGGACUUUUUCAUCUGCAACGAUUUGUUAAGGCAAUUCUGGGAGCGUUUUCUUUUUAGAGGAAUCAGGUGUUUAGUAAAGCUUGUCAGUUGAUCGUCUUAGGAAAGUGGAAUUGAACAUUUCACAGCACUUGAGUACUUUCAAAAGUGAACGAAUUUAAUACAAAUGACUGUCAUUUUGAAAUACGAAAAUUGAAACAUUUGACAUCUGGUAGACUGGAGAAAUUGCGCUUGGUGAAAUUGCUUGAGAUGAAUGAGAAGUCUUAAACAGUUCGAAUUGAAGUUGAAGGAUAGAAAGAACAUCGAAUGAUGAUUCCUGCCAAUCGCUCAAGGAACCGAACAUCAAUAGAAACUUCCUUGCAUUCCAUGGAAAUCUUCGAAGCAAUAUGCCUGAUUAUUUUCGUAGUAACGUCUUUACUACUAAAUGUUUCAAUCUGUACAGUGAUUUGGAGAAGCAAGCUGCUUAGGAAAAGGACCACAAACAUUUUCAUUGUCAACCUGGCCAUUUCAAACUCGCUUAUAGCGCUAUUUAUCAUGCCAUUUAGCUGUCGAGCUGUGAUAGUACAAGUCUGGGAUUAUGGACAUGUUUUUUGCACGAUCAAUGGGAUGCUGAGUAUGACAUUCUUUGUAGCAUCCAUCUCCACGCUCUGUUGUAUCAGUGUUGAUCGCUACUACGCUGUAGUCAAACCCGUCAAAUAUAAAAACAUCUUUACCGUUCGACGAGCUAGCAUUCUGCUCCUUUUUUCUUGGACAAUUUCCGUGUUUUGCGCGUCACUUCCGGUCUUUGGGUGGGCGGAAUACGUCUAUCAUCCCGGAAGUAAUCACUGUUCUCCUAACUGGAAGCGCAACUGUGGAUACUACUUCUUUAUGACUCUAAUAGGAUUUGGGAUCCCUUUGGUAAUACUGAUAUUGACCUAUUGGAUGAUAUUUGCCGCCAUUCGUAAACACGAGCGUAGAUUCUCCUCAUGGAAUGGUAUUGCACCUACUACCUCGUAUCGUAUACCUUUACCAAGUGUCAAUCCACCAAAACCAGUUAUUACUGUCAAUGCUGUUGUUCAAGAUAGCUUCUCACAUGCUGAUUCCACUGUCGACAUAAACGAGCGCAACGACUUUAAACGAAGAUCGCGCAGUAUUUGCUCGGGUACUGCUAGUCCUUCCUCUCAAAGACGCAACACUGCACAAGUAGAUUUCCUUAAAAUCCCAGGACAAGCUGUAAUCAAGAGACAAAGCUCGAUGUUGCAGUUUCGAGUGCUGACGCAAAUAACUACGCGACUUCGAGGCCGUACGCUAACAAUCCCGCGGGAAUACAGGAUUGCUAAGACGGGACUUGUGCUGUUUUUUGUGUUUUUUGUUUCGUGGGGACCCUACAUGGUCGUCAAUAACUGCAGUGGUUACUAUGAAACCCCAGUGUGGGUGUACCGGCUCGCUAUCUGGCUUGUUUACUGCUCGUGUAUUUUGAAUCCCAUGGUGUACGCGUUUUCCAGCAAGCAUAUUAGAGACGCAUUUCGUGUCGCUUUUAAAUGUCGACGAGAAAGGCGGAUCGCUGAUGCCUUUCAGUUGAGGAGGAUGAGCGAGGCAACCAGUACUAACCAUGUCAAUUAGAGCUGACUUACUUAAUAAACUAAUGAAUUAUUAGAAAUUAUUGACUUUAUGCGUGAUUAUGAAUGAUUAUAAAAUAUAUUGUUAAUAAACUGGAUAAAUGAUGUUAAUUAAUUGCUACUCUCUAGAAGUCAUCUCAUCCAAUCCUUCAAACCAUCCA